AUGUCGAGGUCAGCUUCAAAUGGGAUUAUUGGCAAUAGGGGUAAGCCCUCGGGCGUAAAGAAGCGGAAAGCCGAUGACGACCUGGGGAACGAGCAGCGACUUGCUAAGAGAUUCGAUUUGCUCAAUCUUGAGCAUAAUGGCAAACUCUACCUCCCUGUCCAACAACACCCACCUGCACGCCAACCCCACACUAAUGGCAACUACCAGAGCGAGUCAAUGCAACUCGACGAUACAAAAGACAGGGUCUAUAUCCACAACCUAGACGAAGAGCUUGCAGACAUAGAAUCAGAGGAGGAAAAGCUAGUCUUUCUGCCGGACAUCGAGAAGAAGCUGGACAUGGUAGGCAAGAUCCCGAAGUCGGUGCUAUUGGGAGAAGGGCACCCUUCUACUGGCAAUGAAAUGGUGUUGUACAGCGUACCAUCGUCUCUGUCGGUACCUGAAGAGCAGGAUAAGGUCAGAAAGGCUAUCAUCGAGAGUAGAGCGAGGGCGAGGGAGAAGCAGUUGCAUGGUGCUGAGGCUGAGGCGGCUCCUGCAAGACAUGUCGAUAUAUGUGACAGGAAUGGGAAGCCGAAUGGGCUGAGCAACAUGGGACAUGUUACUGCGGAUCAGGUCAUGGGUAUUGAAGAGGACGAAGACGCUAUGGAUCUUGGAUAA